ACCCCCUCCCUCCCUCUGCUGCGUUACGUAAUAUUUGAACGAUCCCUUAGCAUCCAAUUUCGUGUUCGGAACUUUCUUUAUGGAGCUAGACAAAACUGCAACACUUCGUUCUAACACAGUUUACAAAGAGCGUACCCUAGUAUGGAUAAAAACAUUGUGAUUAAGCCAUACCACAGAACUGUAAGAAGCGAACAAUGUACAGUUACAAACUACUGGCGCAAAAAUGCUACUAUCGGCAUAACAUGAGCCACACGAUGGGUCAGUUCUUAGUAUGCCUUUAGACCUACGUGCCAUUCUUUCGCUCAUGCGCUACAAUUGUAACCUUUUUACUACAUGAUAGCCGUCUAAGAUAAUGGCGCGCCGAAAUCCAUCAAAACUAACACUCUAGGCUGGAACCUUGUCCAGUUGGCGAAUUUCCACAAUGAAGAAUUCGAUUUUCUUGGUGCUGAGUUGUGUGGUGAUAUUCGUGGCGAGGCAGACGGAAGCUAAGCCACAAGGACCUGCGCAUGUGACGGAUCGAUGCUGCAAUAAUUGUGUUCCGUGUCGGGCGAGUUUCAAUGUGGAAAAACCAGUAGAUCCGGAAUGUCCUCCCCCGAAAAACUAUUCAUACAACGUGCAGGUGAUCGAUCCACACUGCCCCUGCCAAAAGUUUGAAACGUUGGACGCAAACGUGGAGAAACCUGUGGAUCCUCCUUGCCCGAAGAAACUGAGGUUGUCCGCUAGGGUGGAACACAAUCCAAAAGAUUGUGAAUGUCCUCUUUGCCAGUAUGGAAAUAUUUUUAAUAUGAGCCUUAACGACGCUUCAGAGACGGAACAUUACUGUACCAAUAAGAGCUAUCAUCAAGUGCUUAGUCGAAAUAAGUUGUACGAAUUCCGAUCCAGCGGAAACUCAGUUCAUGAAGAGUUUGAGUUUGACUAUUGCUUCCCUAGAAAACGUUAUAAAAGAACAACUGCAGAUAAGGUCAAUUGUAACGAUUUGGUUAAACUAGGAUACAUUUGUCAAUGCGUUCCCGAUGACGGAACUGGCUGUUUAUCAGUAAGCCAUGGCGGUGAACCGUUUGUGGGAUCGCCUUUCCAAGAUCCUGAUGAAAAGGAAGUUUAUGUAGGGAGCGCUAAGCCCCCAUCAUUUGAAUUAAUUCGAAGGCAUAUCACUCCUAUUCUAGUAGCAAAUGACGGAAAAACGGCUUUACAGGACGUUAGAGAUCUUGCAGAGGUAUACUACGAAAUUUAUAGGCGUCACAAUGAAAAAAAUCUUACGAUUCCGAUCAAGUAUGGAACCAAAACGGUAGAGAAGCAUUCAGAGGGCCUUCGUACAUACGAUAUUGAGCCCGUUGAAGGUCGUUACAAUCCGUCUGCUUUAGACAAAAUAUCCCAUUUCAGUAAUCAUAUGUUCGGGGAGAUCGUCGACCGUGUUAAGAAAUUGCAACAGCUGCCUAGACUAUUUCCAUUUCGUCAAAAUAGACAAUCGCAGCGCUUGCAAAGGAAUUCGAACCGGAGAGAACUUCGUGAUUCUUCGUGAGAUUUAAUGUUGAUUUUUGUUUCAAUAUAUUUUUACAUUAUCUCGAAUGAGCACUAUGAUCUACUCGUUGGUUCAGUUUCGUUCCGCUAGUUGAGAUAAUGUAUCAUUAUCAUGCAAUUAUUUUACUCAUUUUUAUUUUAGAUGACGGACAAAACAGGUUUUCAUGGACGUAUGGACAAGUCACUGACGAACAACCGACAUAUCGUCUUCACCUGCGUUUGCUAUACUAUUUAAGAAGAUUAUUAUCUUUGGGAUACUGAAUGUAACUAUUAAAUUGGAAGUGAC